GAAGGGGAACGGUCGAGUCACUUUGGGUUUGGCAACCGCAAGCUACACUGAACACGCCUUCGAGGAGCCUUCGCGUCUGAAGUAGUUCGUAGACGAGCGAUUUUCUUCAGAUUAUUAGCACUAACAACCGCUGAUAGAGAGUCGAGAGCUUUAUAAACAACAAUAAAAGAUGGCGGCAUUCGUGGAACCACAUUUCGAUGCCUGGCAACAGACCACCAGCAACAUGACCGUGGUGGACAAAGUCCCCCCGGAGAUGUUGCACUUGGUGCACCCGCAUUGGAAUCAGUUCCCUCCGAUGAACCCACUGUGGCAUUCGAUCCUUGGAUUUGCUAUAUUCGUCCUGGGAGUAGUCUCAAUGAUCGGCAAUGGUUGCGUGAUCUACAUCUUCACCGGUACCCGAAGCCUCCGAACCCCAUCCAACUUGCUGGUGGUGAACCUAGCGUUCUCGGAUUUCCUUAUGAUGUUUACGAUGGGGCCACCCAUGGUGAUCAACUGCUGGCACGAGACUUGGGUCUUUGGACCGUUCGCUUGCGAACUGUACGCAAUGUUUGGAUCACUCUUUGGCUGUGCCUCAAUCUGGACUAUGACUAUGAUUGCGUUUGACCGAUACAAUGUCAUCGUGAAAGGUCUGUCUGCUAAGCCAUUGACCAACAACGGAGCUUUGCUGCGCAUAUUUGCUAUUUGGGUGUUCGCGCUUUUCUGGACUUUGGCGCCGAUGUUCGGAUGGAACCGAUAUGUCCCAGAGGGUAACAUGACUGCUUGCGGAACCGAUUACCUUACUACCACCUGGUUGAAUCGCUCGUACAUCAUCGUCUAUGCCAUCUUUGUCUACUGGCUCCCGCUGUUCACGAUCAUCUACUCGUACACCUUCAUCCUGAAGGCAGUUUCGGCGCACGAGAAGAACAUGCGUGAACAGGCCAAGAAGAUGAACGUGGCCUCCCUGCGAUCCUCCGAGGCUCAACAGACCAGCGCUGAAAUCAAGCUGGCCAAGGUCGCCCUGGUAACCAUCUCGCUGUGGUUCAUGGCAUGGACCCCAUACCUCGUCAUCAACUAUACCGGUAUUUUCAAGACGGCUAAGAUUAGCCCACUGGCCACCAUCUGGGGAUCACUGUUCGCUAAGGCUAACGCUGUCUACAAUCCGAUUGUGUACGGUAUCAGCCAUCCGAAGUACCGCGCUGCCUUGACCCAGAAGUUCCCUGCAUUGUCCUGCGCUGAUGCACCCGCCGCAGCCAGCGAUGACACCCAAUCAACCGUCUCCGGAGCAACGACCGCCACCGACGAGAAGGCAUAAGCAGUACAAAAACGUCAUAGAACUUACACGGUGAUAUUAAUGAUGGCAAACAGUGUUGAUUCUUUAUUUAGGAUAAUUUUGAAAUAAAUAUAAAUAGCAAAAUAUAAAACAG